AUCCUCCAUUCUCUACCGGUACCAUUCCUUUUACCUUUUUUCUUCAAACCAAUGGCAAGUUUUGGUUCUGCAACAAAAGUAAUCUCUUUUUUGGCAAUAAUAUUAUUAUCUCUCACAAACUCCUCCAUUUCUGAAUCAACAUACCCAACUCCAACACCAUGGCCUCCUCAAUUCCACUCAAUUAUGAUAUAUAACACCAGUGGUACACUUCAAAUAAACAGUCUCUGGUAUGAUUAUCCCAAAGGAAGAAACUUCAAUAUUAUUCAAAGACAAUUGGGUGACCAUGUUUAUGACUUAGAAUGGAACAAUGGUACUUCAUUUAUUUACACUCUUGAUGCCAACAAGAAAUGCCAAACCUUGAAGUUUGAUGUGGGUAUUCUUACACCUGAUUUUCUUCAUGGUGCACAUUAUUUGGGACAACGAACAAUGGAUGGGUUUCUUUGUAAUGUCUGGGAGAAAGUUGAUUUCAUUUGGUAUUAUGAAGAUGUUGUCACUAAGAGACCUGUUCAUUGGACUUUCUACAAUGGAAUGGAAGGUCAUUUGAUGACAUUUGAGGUUGGAGCUGUGCUGGAAGAUGCAAAAUGGCAAGCACCUGUAUACUGUUUCGAGUCCGGUGAGCAAGCAGAUGAUAGCUCACAGCUUAACUCUAUAGUUGAUAAUAGUGGUCCAGCAGAGGAUCUUUUUAAAAGAAAAAUGUUGAUUCAGAGGUUGAAGGAAGUCUGAGAGGUAGAGUGAAGCUUCAAACAAGAGGGCAUAGUUCCUCCCUUUCUCCUUAAAUCGUUCUCAUGGAACUUGAUUUUAAGUUCCUUGCACUCGGCUGAAAAAUCAUACCAAAUACUAUUUGCCUUCUAGCUACUUUGUUUACAUUGGUGUAUGCCACUUAAAGCAGAGAAUUAAAAUGUUAGUGUUCCUUGAAUAAGUCGGAUGACUCGAGAAAGGUAAUUUCUUUGACAGGCUUAAGAUGACAUUCUCUAUAUCAGUAUUCACCCUUGAUAGCUGGUGCAUUUUCUGCUA